UGUCAUUUUUGCCAAACUGUCAAAUUCUCACGUGGAACGUGGUGUUGUGGUGUAUUAUCAAACUGAGUGCAUUAAUUUCUUUUUACAUUAAAAGUAAGAUAUAAUUUAAAAUGAAGAUCAAGAAGCAGCAUCGUAAAAAGAAGUAUCUUCACAAACUAAAUCGGAAGCGAAUGCAUCUUAAACAACGUAGUACCGGCGAAGUUAAUUGUAAACCAAUAAAGGAUGCAUGGGAUUUUAAGAAGUCUUCUCUGCGUAAUAUGAAAGAAAUGGGACUGGCUAAUGAUCCUAAUAAAGUCAUAAAAAUACCUAACUUCAAACAGGAGAAAGUAAAGCAGGCUAAGAAGAUAGUAAAUCAAGAAGAAUCUGAUGAAGAUACUGAGGAAGAGGAAGUAGUACAACCAGUGGUUAAAAAAGAGGUUGUUGAAAUGUUAGAGAAGGAAGCUAGAGCUCCACGACCAAGGAGAUUUAUGUUACCUAAAGGACAAGUUGAAUUUAUAACAUAUUUACUAGACAAAUAUGGCCAUGAUUACAAAGCUAUGGAAAGAGAUAAGAAGAACUAUUAUCAAGAGACUUGGAAACAGUUGAGAGCAAAGAUCAAGACAUUUAUGGGUAUCCCUAAGCAGUAUGGGGAAUAUUUAGCUUCCAAAGGUUUACUUGAUAAAGAUGAUGAUGAUGAGGAAUUGAAGAAAAUAGCAAAAAGUUUAAUUGUUGAUGAUUAGUCUGUAAACCUAUUUAUAAGUACUUGAUCUUCUGUUUUUGAAGAAUCACUGACAUAUAUUUUUAAGUGUAAAUAAAAUAAUUUUAAGUACAA